AUGCUCGCGCUCGCCGCCUGCGUCGUGGCACUGUAUACCGGCGACGCCUACGUACAGCUCGUUCGCGACUUCACGCAGGUGCAGGCGCAGCCGCACACGGUCUUUGCCAUCGAGUUCUUUGCCGGAUGGUGCGGCCACUGCCAGGUGCCGAAGGAGGAGAGUCUGCGCCGUGCCGCCUCAACAGAGUACCGAGCCAUGACUUACCGCUGCUGUGCCAGGCGUUUGCGCCGAGAGAUGGGUGUGAGCGGCUUCCCGAGCGUCCGCGUCUUCACGGCUGGUGCGCCUCCAACGGGCGAGGAGCUCGCCACCUGCGGGCACGGCUGCGAGUCCGCCGUCGAGGAGCCGUUUCCUAUGCCGCCAGAGGCGUUCUCGCGGCCGGUGCCGCUGCAGGACGUGACAUCGGCGGUUGUGUACGGGCUGCAGCGCGAGGUGGUCGGCGUCGCCAUCGGCGAGCAGGACGAGGCGCGGAGAGGCGCGCUGCGCGAGUGGCUAGCGACUCUGAGCGCUCUGCUGCCGGCGGAGCCCAACAGGCAGCAGAUGGGCAGGCUCGAGCUUGAGGCAAUGUGCGCACACGAGAGGGCAAUCAGCCCGGAGCGGUGGGAGGAGCUGCUCGGCGAGAUCGAGGCGCCGCUGCUGCCGACAGGCGUGGCCGCGCCUGCGCGCACAGACGCGCAGGGGGUCGCCGCGCUGCGUGCGAUCCGAAGCUACGUCCGCUUCUUCUUCGGCUGCCAGGGCUGCGCGCGCCAUUUCCUUGCGAUGAGCAACCUCGAGGCCGACCCGCUCGAUGGCGUGCGCACGGCGAGCGGGGCACGGCUCUGGCUGCCAACGCCGGCCGCCUGCCCGCAGUGCCGGCCGCGGUAUACCGCGGGCGGCCGGCGCUGGGAGCUUGGCGCGGUGGCAGAGUACUUGCACGGGACCUUCUGCCGCCCGGAGCCGGGUCGGCCUUGCAGCAGCCCCGGCACCGUCGAGUCGGCGGCCGGCAGCAGCGCCGUGAUCGGCAUCGCGCCGUACCUCACCGCGCCGAACCUCACCGCGACCGAUGCCUACUACCUCACCGCCGGCGCCGUCCUCGCCGCCUGCCUGCUCGCUUGCUAUCACUGUUGGGAGCGGGCCUCGGCGCCGGCGCCGCACGCGCAGCAGCGGCGGCGGCAGCAGACGAACCGCUUGCUGCCGCCGUCGCCCCGAUCCUGUGGUAGAGGGAUCUUGUGGCACGACUCGGACGGCAGCUCGGAUUAG